AUGUCUACCAUCCCUCAGGGCCCCGUCGAGGCACGCUCACUGUCGUCGGUCACCACUAUCGCAUCGAAUCCCCCCGCCUACCCGCGGAAUCCCACUCACGAGAAGCACGAACCGCUAUCUCUGUACAUUGUACGUGUGCCAGGAAGCAAAGACAUUUUCCUCUCACCGCUCAAACCACCGACCAAAUCCAGUGUCUCUGCUGAGGCUAUCAAUGCCUCUCUUUACUAUCUCCAUGUCGCGACUCCCGACGAUGAUAGCCUGCUCCAGGAAGUGGAAGAAGAGCGCGAAGAGGAGGCCCAGUUGCGCAAGGAGCGCCUUGAGAAAGCGGGUGUCGACGACCCGGCACAACGCGAGUUCGCGCGGCUGAAUAAUGUGCGCCGGAAACCAGUUGGUGGAGGGAAGCUCAACUCCGAGCCUUUGCUGGCACCGCCUAACCAGGAUGCCAUUACUCCUCCUGCCUUGCCAUUACGUCCAGUCCCUGUGCUGCAGGAUGGCACUGCUUCUCCGGCCUUGCCACCACGGCCAAUUCCUAUGCCGCAGGUUACUGCGGAGAAUGUAUCUUUCUCUGGGACUCCAGUCGCCAAUAUACAGCCUCCUUUGACUAAUAAUAUGCCUAGAGGGGUACCAGUAGAAUCGGGUAGUAAGAGCGGUAUCUCACGGAGACCUUUACCUCCCUUGCCACCUGGUGAAGAGUCAUGGAUCGAUUCUGCAGCAGGCGAGGACCCGUCUAAGAGGACAUCCCGAUGGAGCGCGUUUACCGAACAAUUGCAAAAUCGAGGAGAGAAUUGGAGGGGAAAGUAUGAGGCAAAGUACGAGGCGUUUGCGGCUGGCCGUCAUAGCCUUGACUCUACUAGACCGCAAUUGCGGCCUCAUUCUUCGCAUAACCGUACCGGAUCACCAUUAGGAAGCCCCGGGCAAUCUCCUAACCGGCAUAGAAACGCAGACGACGACCGUCCUAGCAAUGCUGGCUUUCAUAUCACGCUCAUUCGACGUGAUCCUACGUCCGGUACCCAAUGGAAUGUGGCAACUAUAUCAACCCCCCGAAUGGACCGCAAUGCCGUCGAUAUCGAGAUUUCCACGCCGGGAUAUAACAGGUUCGCAGGCUCCAACGAGAUGCCUUCAUUGUCCAGCCUGGUGGCCAAUCUCCCGACGGGAAUCGGACGCCUACCCAACUCUGCCAUUUCCCAAUCCUUAGCCACUGAGCAACCAAAGGAGCAGCCAACCGGCCCACGCAAAUUCCAUCGUCAGCUCUGCGUAUCAAGGCCAUUUGAUGACUCUGUUGCCACUGAUAGCAGCAACGGCCACAACCCAGAUGGCCCAUCCUCAUCCUCCAAGUUAAAAAGCGGCUACUACGUCUUCACUUCUCCCUGGAAUGGCACGUGUACCUUCACAAACAGCGUGAACGGCCGAAGCCUCAAAUGCAAACACAUGAUCCCAACGCCCGGCGGCUUCAUUCCUCCCAAUGGCGAAGCAGAAGCACCCCCCGCCGUAACCGUCGCCGAGCUCCGCUUCAACACCCCCCUCCAAGCAGCAAACCUCCACUCGCACGCCCACCACGCAAUCCACAGACCUCACCCAAACCACCUCUCCCCUUUCAGUCAAAGCCAAAUCCAAACCCCGUCGCUCUCCCGCCCAAACGACAACUUAAACGACAACAACCCUAGUCCCGACGGAGGACCCCUCCGCCCAUCCUCUUCGAACAACAACAGCUUCGCAGCCGCAAAGCGCAACUCCCUCUCUCAAUUCCUAAACCCAAACACCUACGCCCGGCCUCGCGCACACACAGGCCCAGGCUCAACCCCACCUCUUCCCGCCUCGCCUCCCGCAGACCAGCGCGCAAACUUCAACCCGUCAACCCUCCUCCGCAGAAACUCUAUGCGCGCGCAACGCUUCGCACGCCAAAGCCAGCUCCAUCCCUCUUCUCAGCCCCACUCACACCGCAGUACGAGUAAUAGUAGUGGUGGGGAUUUGGGUUAUGAUUCCGAUGAGGACCGCUUGGACUUUUCGCUGGCGAGGGAGAAUGCUGGUGGUGGGCUAAGGGGGAAGAGUGCAAAACUGGGGAAGUUGGUUAUUGAAGAUGAGGGGAUUAAAAUGCUUGAUCUGGUUGUUGCGGCUUGUAUGGCUGUUUGGUGGAGGGGGUAUUAUUAUUGA